AUGUCAUGGGUGGAGAAGGGCUGUGAGGUUCUACGAUCCCCGAUCGAGGCCGAACUCCAGAUUCUCUUCCAAAUCCCGGACCAUGAGCUUUCAAAGGCGAGUCCAAGCUCCCACGGAACACAACGGGUUUGCCCCACCGUGCGGCCCCGGUGGGGAAUUCGCCCAAGAGUGCAUGGACGGGGUAUGAAUUCAGAGAACAAAGAGGAGGAAAAGGAAUAG